UCCGUCAUUUGUUCUGGGAACUGCAUGAAUCCGUGAGUGAGGCUCAUAGGUGAGACCUGAAACGUGAAUUUGGUAAAGAUCUGUUGUAGUUUUCUGGCCGUGGUAGGUAAUAUAGCAAAUAGCCAUGCAAACAUGGCAGUAUUGGUGACAAAUAAUAGUUGUGGACAUAUUCAAAAUCAUUUAACUCGUUCUUUAGAACGAAUACUAGAGGAUGCGGAUCAAAGUGGUGAAUUAAAAUUAAGUGGUAGAAAAUUGAAAGACUUUCCAAAAGUGUAUCCUAAGUACAACUUAAGUGACACUGUUGUUGCAGAUUUAUCGAAGAAUCGUUUUAGCGAACUUCCAGAAGAAGUGACGACGUUUUCUUUCUUGGAAAGGCUUCAGUGUUACCACAAUGCCAUCAAAUAUAUUCCCGAUACAGUUAGUAGUCUUCAGUCUUUGAAUUACCUCGAUUUAAGUAGGAAUCAACUUACAGCUUUACCGAGAGAAUUGUGUCAGCUACCCAUUCAGAUUCUCCUGGUGUCCAACAAUCGUUUGACUUGUUUGCCAGAUGAAAUUCAUCGUAUGUCGCAGCUGACGGAAUUGGACGCGUCUUGUAACCAGCUUACGCAUCUACCUCCACGGAUGGGAGAACUUCGUUCUCUAAAGUCUUUCGUUCUUCACAACAAUUACCUUCUCUGCGUACCAUUAGAAAUAACCUAUUUGAACCUCGUAAGGCUGGACCUACGGGCCAAUAGAAUCGGGACGCUCCCAGUCGAAAUGUUGAAUAUGGUCGCAUUAAUAGACUUAUCGGUCGAGGAUAAUCCCCUCACCAGUCCGCCGGCAAGCUUGUGUAGGCGAGGACGUGUGCAUAUUUUCAAGUAUCUUGAAACGGAAGCUGUAAAAUUAGAUAGGAAAACAGGGCUAAGCUGUAGUACGUUAGGUAGGCGACCCCGGAAAGCAACAGGAACUUUAGGGCCAACGAAUAACUUAACCGAACGACUGAAACCAAAGAGGCAUAACGUAGAUAGCGGAUACAGUACUAGUGAUGGACUGGAUAAGAGAUGGUCGCAGGAAAUUAUUGGCGAAUCUGAUAAGAAUUGGAUAUCAUCACCAAUUUCUGUCCGAAGUAUUGAUGUAAAUGGUGUCAAUUCCGUUACCUCAACGCCUUCGACUAUAUCCCCAGUGUUAGACAAUACGUUAGAGAACGAACCUUCAACGAGAUCAAUAUUUAGCGAAUUAGACAAAAAAGAGGAUAAGGCUGUGACAGAAACCAACAGUGCACGUUUAAAUCCAUGUUCCGAUCCAACCAUUGGAAGCGAAGAUAAGUCGAAACCACUUCAAGGUAUCCAAACAUACAGGGAAUAUAAGGAAGCUUUACGUCAACAACGAGCGCAGGAUGUGCCAUCUGUCUAUAGAACCAGGGAUUCAGACGAUCAAAGUUACAAAACAGAACCAAGCACUCCUACCCAUCAUACCUCUUCGACAUUGGCCACUUCAAAAUCAGAUCCGACUCCUCUAAAUUCCGCUUUUGGAAGCCCAAAACACAUAUUCGACGACACAUCCGUUUCAAAGAAACCUGUUUUGAAAGUAUCGCCCUCUACUAAUAACCACCCUAAAUGUGUGUCUCCGUCUGCCAUAGACUUAGGAACUACUAAUAAUGCGGAUUCCUUAAAAAAUGGUGGGAAUGUGAAAAAUAUGCAGGAUUAUGUAAAGCCAAAAUUUUCACCAUUGAAAAAUUCAACGGGCAUUUUAUCGUAUGAUAACGUACCACCGGGUACCAAUGUCAGUAAUCAAAAUGUACCAAUGGUAAAUGGGAAAGCGCGAAUCGCGAAUACCAUAAGUUAUUUCAAUGGGGGUGCUAAUAAAACACCACCGAAUGGUGUACGUGGUGGUGUUACAAAAAGUUGGGGCCAAAAUGGUACUGAUAAAAUUAGCUUUACCAUGAGACGCGAAAUUGACAAGGCCAAAGAGGAAACGGAAAUGAUUAAGCAUUUGAGAAAGAUAAUAGAAACUAAACUGAAAAUGUCUCUGCCUGAAGAUCUAUCGUCUGCUUUGACAGACGGUGUUGUUUUGUGUCAUUUGGCCAAUCAUAUCCGACCUCGUUCUGUGGCUAGCAUCCAUGUUCCUUCGCCAGCAGUUCCUAAAUUGACCAUGGCACGGUGCAGAAGAAACGUGGACAAUUUUAUAGAAGCUUGUCGAAAAAUUGGAGUUGAUGAGAAUUUAGUGUGUUGUGCUUCGGAUGUUCUGGAAGGUCGUGGAUUAGUUCAAGUGGCUGUCACGGUGACAGAGCUCUUGAGAUUUCAUAAUAAUCCGAAAGGUAUAGUCAAUUAAGUGGACAUUCAAAAUGCUUGACCAAUUUGCUAUCCCCAUAGGUAAGGAUUUAUUUUAGUGUUAUAUCGUUGGAGUACUAUGCUCUUAUGACAUCACCAUUUUAAUGUACUCUAUACAUAUAAUACCUUGAUCUCUUGAAUUUCGCUCAUCGUAAGUUAACGUCUUACUACUUUAAAAAUAUCUGGGUUUCCUUAUAGGAUUUUUUAAUGUUUUUUAUCGUAAACUUUCAUGCAAUUCGAAUCGGAACAGGUUAAUACACGUUAAUAAUUAUUUAUUAUAAAAAGUUAAAUUACUAAAAAUUACGGGAAUCCAACGAUAUUUCCUAAAGAGUAUGUGAUUGUGCCUGCAGUUAAUUUUGAAAAUAAGUAAAAUAUCGGUGUAAAAAACAUUUUGUAGUUACACGUAAAACUACAAAAUUAAAUGUUAAAACCAUCGGAAACAUUAAAAGCUUGCAACGAAAUAUCUUAAACAUAAAAAAAUAACAUGUACAAACAAAAUCAAAAUGCAGACAUAGCUGUAGUAAGUACAGAAAAGUUCGUGGAAAACAAAAGUUACAUUAUAAGUUAAAAAGGGCUGUAAUAUUAAUUUCAAAUCAAAUUAUUUUAAGUAAGUUAGCAGUAGCAAUAGUUACAUCUAUAGCUAAAUUUUAGUUAUUAUUUUUUGUACUGGUUUAAUUUCUGUGAUUAUAUUAAUAAUAAUUUAUAAGAGAGGCAUUUUCAGUUUUGAAUGAUCGUAAUCGAUCGUUGUAUUUUAAUAAUUCACAUAUCACUUUUAAAAUUUUAUUUUCAAUAGUUUUGUUUUGAAGAUAAACUAUUUUGGAUCUUAAUAUUUGUUUUUCGUAUUUGUGUUAAAACAUUGAUCACUGCCAUUAAUACGAAAACGAUAGCAAACCAUGACAAAAUACUAUUUCAAAAGUCAAUUUCCGUUAGUUUUGUCUAUGUUUACUGGUAUAUGUCGACGAUAGCUUUUCUUUCCUUUAACAGUUAAAAUAAACCGAUAAACAAUACUGAGAUCCAAAAGGAAUAAUAAUUUUUUAUAUUGUAGUUUAGAAUUUUCAUAAGUUGAAGUCAUUAUUUAUUUGUGAGUGCCAAAGAAUAAAAUUUCCAUUAUAACGAUGCCCACGUAAAUGAGGCGUUAUAUUAAUAUUUUAAUAAUGUUUAGAGAAAAUUACAUACGUAUGUGUAAUUAUUCUAAUAACUUCGUUUUUUUCUUCAAAAUUUCUACAUAUUAAGGAUUGCAACUAACCCUGAGUUAGAGAAACGUUUGAAAAUAAGUUUGUUGUGAAAUAGGAUUUGGUCAUUUAAAGUGUAUUUAAAAACAAAAUAAUGUAUCCAGAGGUAAAAAAUUGUCGUUAAGGAAAAUUGAUCUCUGAAUUCUUUAAAACCAUUGCUUAUGCACAUCACUUGUUUCAUUGCUCCAAAACGCGACAUACAUUAUAUUCUUUUAAUAUUAGAAAACCUAUCGCUAAGUACCUUACUGAUAUAAGUUUAAUAUGGUGCUUUUAUCCGUUUGUUCACUAUUAAAUGCCAUUAUAAUACUUUCAUUUCAUUCUACUACGGCUAUUUUCAUUUACCGUUAAUAUAAGGUAAAUGUAGAAGGCCAUAUAUUCUUGAAUUAAUGUUUUCUGCAUAUAGUUGUAUUUUUCUGAUAUUACCUUUAGUGGUUUCAGUAAAUACAUAAUUACCUAAUGAAUGGCCUAUUUAGAAUCUCAUAUAUACUGCUGCAAUUCUAAAAUCUUCUGUACUUACAAUUACAUUAAUAUUUAAAUUAUGUUAUGUGAUUAAUAAAUGCGAUUUAUAUUUAUUUUAAUAUAAACAAAGCAAAACUUCCAUUUAUUUUCACAAUACAAAGGUUUAGAUCUCUUCCAGAUAAGCGUGAAUGCUGUGUAUUUUUAAAAGAUAUUGUAAAUUUAUGUAUCUAGUCAAUUACGAAUAUAAUAAAGUUUUGUAUGACCAUGAAA